AAAAAAUGAAGUUGUUGUUGUUGUUGCUGUUGUUGCUGUUUGGAUUAUGUCUAGGAGAAGAAUGCUGUGGCCCUGGAAUAUCUACAGAUUGUGUCCCCUGUAUCCCCCUGUGUUGCCCGACUGGUGAGGUUAGGAUGACCGACACCAAGUGGACUCCUCAUCGUUGCCAUCUUGACGAACCGCCUGCUAAAGCUUGUGCUGAGCCAACCCUAGAGAAUCUACCAGAUUUUACUAACUAUUAUCAUCAAGGAAAGAUGUUUGGAUUGUUACCAAGCAAAGAUAAAUUUGUGUGCCCUGACCCGGAACAAGGAUUGAUCCCUGCAGAUUUAUUUUACUAUAAUAUCAGUUUGUUAGAGACCGGUGAGCUGGUUGGAAUCCAUCCUUUAGAAGUUGGAGUUAAAAUAAUCAAUCAUUCAAACUCACAAUUCUGCCUAGUCUAUGCCCAGUUUGAAUCAACAGAGAAUGAAACCGAAGAGCUGAGUGUUGGAUUCAUGAUUUGUACUCAAGACUCUCAGCCUGUAGACCAAGGAAGCAAGGAAUUUACGAUGAUCUUCUACCCCUGUGCCCUGAUCAUCUCCUCCAUGUUCCUCUUGUUCACCAUCAUCUCCUAUAUCCUAGACCCAGACCUACAUAGACCUCUCUUCGGCAAGAUAACUCUUGGAUUCAUAAUCAACCUUCUUCUUACUUACAUCUGCCUCACUACUGGUUAUAUCAGCAGGUAUACAGGGUUAACCAUAAAACGUGAUAAUUCAGAGACGGCUGACAGAGGUGUGAAGGGGGAGGGGGCUAAUAAGACCCAAUUCCUGCUCGUACAGAGAGUCCCAUAUCAUAUUAGAUUAUUUCUAUG